CACCUGUCAAUGGAACUCUUCYAGAUGUUGAAACAUGGAAUGAAUGCUUGCAAAAAUCUUUAAACACACGGUCACCGUCCACAAAAAAUAGCACAUUCAACUGGUCAUGCGUGAAUGACAUCUGGAUGAUCACGUCUUGUGCCAUUGACUGGACUAUUGAUAAAACAAGAGAACAGUGCUCAAAAGGUAUGGAUUUCCAAUCAAAUARCUUAACCAAUGAACACAGUGUGUAUCAAGUUCCAGUUUUCACUUCAAAUGGGCAUGUUUUUCGGAAUCGAUAUUGUGCUCAGUGCAAUAACUACAAAACAUUUCAGGCUUAUGAAACAAUGUUCACAUGUUCCUUUCCACCACCGGCUGGGUAUUCGCGCUCACAGAUUCGUGAAUAUCUCUUUAACAAAUGCAAAAACCCUACAUGGGCGCCAAAGGAAGACCAGCCAAAAGAGACUUGUCCAAAGCUCGAAUUGCCUUGUUCAGUGAAGUUUACACGGAAAGGGCGCAGUUCGGCAAAGCAAACAAGGUGUAAAUAUUGUAGUGGGAUUGAUGAGAUUAAAUGCAAAACCCGAAGCAAUACAGGAGACUUAAUCACAAACUUAGGAUUACCCGAAAAGAAAAAGAAAAAGCAAACUUUUACUCUUUCACUAUCAGUUCCUUUUGAGUUUAUUGAUAAUCCUACAAACCGUCUCUUGAUUAAAGACAUUAAAGUAACUUGUGCUGAGGAAAAACAAGUAUACGAUCCAUAUUUGGAAAGGUGCAGAAAAGGAAUGGUAGCUAAGCCUAAACAAGAGCCCUUUGAUACUUACCGACUAAGUAUAUUUUAUGAAAAACAAUCGACGAACAUAAGCUUAAGUGAAUUCAAAUCAUAUUUYAUAAAAGAGUUUGGCUCACAUGGCSUGAGGUAUUUCAAUGAYCAGUUCUUUCCAAAAGGUCUGCAGUUCGAUAUUUCAGUUCAGCGGUUUCGACAACAAUAYCCGGUCAACGAAGAACAAUUAAURAAUGUUUACAAUCACCUUAACAAAUACUUAAACUUUAACGAGACCAUUGAAAUCACRAUCAAUCAAACCAAAGUCAUAAUUCACAAAGUWACUUACAGGAUUCUAACUUGCGCUGAUUUACAAAUACACAAAAAAGACGAAUAUGCAKUCCUCGAYGGAUACAUGCCAGCGGUCCACCUCAAUAAGUCACGWGAAACUUUGCWRUAUCACCAAUAUUAUGUUUUAAAGAACGGAGACAUUGCUGUAUGUAACGCUCAYGUCAAKGUAAAGAACUGUACGGGUGCAUAUGUCCCGUUCAACAGCACAGAGUACACCAUGCUGGCCAACGAUACUGUYCGUUUAGAUACCAKUGGCGAAAUAUUCAAAAGCAAUGAAUAUGAUACCAUAGAUGAUAAAAUAUGGAUCUGCGUAAACUUUGGAAACACAUUCUCGCGGUCUAAAAAGCGGUAUGACGACUCAGACAUUCUUGGGAUUUUGACAUUYGCAUGCAUGAUUGUAUCGAUUAUUGCACUGGUCUUUGUCCUCGUCACCUAUUCCUUGUUCACYGAGCUAAGAACACCACCAGGUAUWAACCUCAUGAACCUCAGCGUUGCCAUUYUGCUCUCACAACUCUUGUGGCUUCUUGGGAGUAAUCAGACRGAYAGACCAAUGGCUUGUACUAUCAUCGCUGUACUUCUUCACUAUUUUUUYCUGGUUUCUUUCGUGUGGACGUCCAUCAUCGCCUUUGACACUUGGAGGGCCUUUACUGCAAAAGGAAGACGUUCCAUGGCUGAUUCGAAGCGCAAAAGACUGCUGCAUACCUUACGAUAUAUGGSWGUUGGAUGGCUUUCUGUCAUGGUGUACGUGUCAAUAUGUGUGGCUCUUGACCAAUCAGGACUCUUCAAGAUAAAAUAUGGCUCCCCUUCCCAAUGCUGGAUUGCAAACACAAAAGCCAACAUCUUCGUCACUAUUAUCCCUGUUGGGUUGGUUGUGAUCUCAAACAUCGUCCUCUUCUCAAUGACGGUUAAUGCUAUCAGAAAAACCCAAAACCAAACCAAGCUCAUCAAAAACCAGUUAAAUGACUCAGAAAACAGGCAGAACUUUGGUAUUUAUGUUCGCAUUGCGGUGAUGAUGGGCUUCACGUGGAUCUUUGGAUUCAUUGCCCCGUUUGGCUGGUACUUUCUGUGGUAUCCACAUGUGGUUUUGAACAGUUCCCAAGGUGUUUAUAUAGCAAUUGCUUUUGGUCUCAACAAGCGAGUCAGGAAGCACUUUGUGGAUCUUUUCCGGGAUAAACAAACAAGAGCAAGAGAAAGCUUCAACAGCACCAAGAUGUCUCUUCUUGGAUCGAGUAAGAGAAAAUCAUCAUCGAACUCUCAAGAAAGAAACACUGAAAAAAUGGAGUCGGUGAUGAUGCUGCCAAAUCGUUUGCUUUGUGUAUUUUUGUUUCUUUACAAUAUUUCAGUCGCCUUUGCUACUGCCAAAGGUACAUUAAGCGAGAAAGAAUGGCCUAGUGUCCUAAAUUCUGAAAGAUACCUUAGAGGACGUGGCUCGUACUCCGCGAAAGAUGAUUUCGAGGAAGACACUUCAAACAUACAACAUUUACUUCAAACUGCAAGAAAAUGGAAUCAGGGUCGUGACAUGAGAAAGAAACCGAAUUUCGCAUGGCCAGAUAUCGAAAAAAGUCGUCGAGGAGAUGGAAAAAGGAUCAAGGUAACACCAAAAUUGAGCAUUGUGAAACCGUCAGAUUUUAAAUCCAAGGUGAGUGACAGUCUACACCCCUCAUUCGUUUUCCAAGAAAGACURAAACGAAGACGAAUUAGAGAAAAAACAUCGAAUUUGAGUAUCGUGCAUAACCUAUCCAACGCAAAGACGAUAUUGGGACGGAAGCCAAGAUCGAUAAUUCGGUCGAAUCGAUGCGGUAGUGAAUUCACAUGUUGGAAUAAAUGUUCUCUUCCUCGAAGCUCAAUCUACGAAAACACAUUCAAGUGCUACUGCGAURYYGAUUGCGAAUUCUUCAAAGACUGUUGUGYUGAUUACGGUUCAUUUUGUAAAGGUGAAGAUAAUUGGUGGAACCAAACAAAUAAUGAUUUAAACAACACAAAUAAUGAUGGAAACAGCGCAAACAAUGGUACCAAAAACCUGGUAGGUUUCAAUCCAUUCAUGUUSAGAAGAAAGAAACGCAGUAUGGCWUUGGAGAAAAGUCUAUGGGAUUGUUUUUCCUAUCCAUAUAUGAACGCCAGUAUAAAUGGAAUUUGGAUGAUUGGGUCAUGUCCAACCACCUGGCCAAAAGAUAACAUCUUCUACCAGUGCAGAAACCUUUCUGUUACCAAUAAGAUUACUAAAGAUAACUACCGCUAUCUACCUGUAUAUACCAGCAAUGGUACAGUGUAUCAUAACAGGUUUUGUGCUCAGUGUAACGGAGUGGCUUUAGAUCAGCUUAAGUCGUAUCAACUCUCAAUGAACUGCAUAACAACCCCUUCCGUCGAUCUUAGUCCCUCGAAAACUUUAGACUUCCUAUUUGAUCACUGCAUUGGAAUGAGUUGGGAGCCACAAGGCUUAUCACUUCCUAGAAGGUAUUGCCUUAUGUCAGAAGAAAUUUGCAGUAUACCUACAUCCAAAAUGAAGUGCAAGCAUUCUCCAGUUCGAAUAGUGUCCUACCGCAGUACCUUUUACAAGAAUGUGUUUUGUGCAGAGUGCAAUGACCGUUCAAAGUCUGAUCUCAAAUGUGGGCCAUCCCAUAACGAUACUUUUCCGAAUCCUUCUAGGCAAGUAGCAGCUUUAUCAGUGAUAUUUGAUUUCAGUGGUGUCUUUAGGGGUAAAGUGUCCGCAGUAAAGUGUCCAAGAGACGAAGUAUACGACAAUCACUUGGGAAUUUGUAGAGAAACACUCGCCGCUGCGCCAAAAUCGUCAGGUUUUACAAAAUAUGAGGUCGCAACUUGGUUUAAGACCACCUUUAAAGGNUUUUGCCCAAUCGAGCCUUUAACCGAGGAUUUAGCGAGGACUUUAGAGUUGACUCCAGCACAGGUUAAUAUCACACGACAAGAUAUAGUUUUCCUGCUCCUUCUGUUUGAAAUACGGUUGAACAAAUCGUCUGUGUUACCGACGUUUCUACAAAAUGUGUUGCAUUUCCAAUCUCCUUUCAACAGCACUUUAGGAAACUGUAAAGUCACAAUAAUCAAGUCUACAAAGCGUCUCCUGAGCUGCUCCAAUCUUCAGGUUUUUAAGCGGAGUGAAUACACCAUUCUUCGCGGGUCAGGAGUCGUAAUCAAAAGUACAGGCGAAUUAUUACAGUCCAAUGAUUAUUACAUUGAUGGAGAACCAUCUAGUCCCAGUCAGUCGGUAUUAGUUUGCCGUCAGAACCAAGCACUUUCCUGCUCAAAAACAUGGGUUUUGAUGAACGAAGGAGAAUUUAUAGUCCUGAARAAUAAAUCGGUCUUCGUAAACUCUUCUGCACGAUUUUACAACACUUCGGAAUACAUUUGGCAAAACCGUAGCCUGUUUAUCUGUGAAAACUUUGGUAUUUCAGGMGUCGAGUCGAAGAAAGGAGACCGUGCAUUGAUAGUUUUGACUAUAGUAUGCAUGUUAAUAUCGAUUAUUGCACUGGCCUUUGUCCUCGUCACCUAUUCCUUGUUCACCGAGCUACGAACACCACCAGGUAUUAACCUCAUGAACCUCAGCGUUGCCAUUCUUCUCUCACAACUCUUGUGGCUUUUUGUGAAUUGGCAGACAAGUAAGGGCCUGGCUUGUACUGUCAUCGCUGUUCUUCUUCACUACUUUUUCCUGGUUUCUUUCGUGUGGACGUCCAUCAUCGCCUUUGACACUUGGAGGRCCUUCACUGCWAAAGGAAGACGUUCCAUGGCUGACUCGAAGCGCAAAAGACUGCUGAACAGCUUACGAUAUAUGGGAGUUGGAUGGCUGUCUGUCAUGGUGUACGUGUCAAUCUGUUUUGCUCUUGACCUGACCAAUACAGUAACCAUUGGAUACCAAUCUAGCGAGGUAUGCUGGAUGUCCAAUCCGUGGUCUGUUCUGCUUUUCUUUGCAAUUCCUGUCGGAAUGAUUUUGUUGUCCAAUAUUAUCAUGUAUUUUUUAACAAUGAGAGCGAUAAAAACCACUACCUCCCAAGCACGAGCCGCUACGGAUCACAAAAAGAACACGUUUGGUAUUUACGUGCGCAUCGCAUCAGCCAUGGGUUUUACGUGGCUCAUUGGAUUCAUUGCUCCUUUUGAAGGAAAAGUCUUGUGGUAUUUGUUUACUAUUCUGAAUGGCCUCCAAGGCGUGUACAUUGCCCUGUCGUUUGUUGUCAACCGUCGCGUGAUGAAGAUGUACAAAAGACUUUUGGGACAAGCAAGUACUCCAAUUCGAGCUGAAACUAGGACACAAAUAAGUUCUGGAACUGAGAACAAAGCAAUGGAUACUAAGUUUUAGACAACUAAUGGAUUACCUAAUUACAAACUCAAAUUCAUCGGUAAUAAGAAAUAUUGCAAAAWUAAAGUGUUAGGAUCCAUUAUUUCAGCCAAAGUACAUUUCGGCUCGGUUCAGUUCGUGUCGGUUCUUCUAACCAACUUUACAAUAUUCUGCUUUCCUCAAUAAAUAGACCUAGGUGUUUACUUAGUCUGAUUCAAUUGAUUACAUCACAUAUGCACGUUUAUGUCAAAAAUAUUUAAACUGCAUGAAAAUUAUUAAUGAUGAACUAAACAUAAAGGAUUUCCAUCCUAUAUUUACAAAGAAUAUAAAAACCUUGUAAAAUAUCUGUAAAAUGAAAUUUACAGGAACAAUGCCUUAGUGUGACCCUGUAAAAUCGCUGUAUUUAAGUGUUUAAAAUGUGCUGAGUAAAUUCUAUGCAGAGAUUUCAUUAACGUACAAAAGCGAGAAGUACAGCUUGUUUCCUUAUGGAUUAAGCAAGAUUUAAAAAUGAUCAUGCAAUGUAAAGAAAGAAACAUUGAAAAAAUGAAAAGACUCAAUCCAAUGCUUGAUAUAUUGUUACGAGGCGCCUGGCCUUCGUGAAG